AUGAAAAAAAAAACGAAUCUAGUGGAGGUAGAAGGUCGCGUGGAGAAGCAAGAGGGAGAAUUAAAGUCGAACAAGAGCUUCUGUCGUCGCUUUAAUCUUCCUGGCGUGGUGAACUUGGACACCAUCACCUCUGCCAUAUCUUCGGACGGCGUCCUCACUAUCAGGGCGCCUAAAACCUCGGGGGACGCUAGUGUGAGGACGGCAUCCCGGGAGGAGAGGACGCUGCAUCGUCAGGACACCAGUGAGGCCAGUAGCGAGGGGCGUGACGGCUACACCCCGGCCUCACACAACUCAUCUGGUGACUAA